GCCGCCGCCCCGCAUGGAGGAAGAGGAGGAUGAGGAUGGAGGAGGCCCGGGAGCCGCGAGGUGUCCGGCGCCGUCCGGGCGCUUCGUGCGCUGCCUCUACGCGGUGGGAUUCCUGGAUUUAUUUGGGGUGAGCAUGGUUGUUCCUUUAAUGAAUCUUCAUAUUAAAUCUCUCGGAGCAAGUCAUACGGUGGCUGGAAUAAUAGGAUCUCUCUAUGGUGUAAUGCAGCUGUUUUCCAGCACAUUUGUGGGCUGCUGGAGUGAUAUAGUAGGAAGACAGUAUUCCUUGCUUGCCUGUAUUCUUCUCAGUGCACUGGGUUACUUCCUUCUUGGAACAUCCACCACAGUGUUGCUGUUUGCCAUUUCUAGAGUCCCUGUAGGUAUUUUCAAACACACACUGUCUAUCUCUAAAGCCCUGCUUUCUGACUUGGUUUCGGAGAGAGACCGCCCUUUGGUAAUGGGACGCUUCAAUGCAGCCUCUAGUGUGGGCUUCAUUCUGGGGCCUGUGGUUGGUGGCUACCUUGCAGAGUUGGAAGGUGGCUUUUAUCAAACAUCCUUCAUCUGUGCCUCUAUCUUCCUUCUGAAUGGUGGUCUUGUUUGGAUGUUACCCUGGAAUGAAGAAAACACUGCCAACCGGGAACAUCAAGACAAGGGAACAAAUAGUUUCUCAACAAAAGCAAAUCAUGACCUGCACUUGAAAUCAGCAGCUAAUAGAGUUGUGACAAACAAUAAUGUUUUCCAGUCUCCAUGGAUCCAAGUUGCAACAGUGUUGAAGAAGAUUAAAGAGAUUGCAUGCUCUAACUUGUGGGAUAUAUUCUUAGUGCGGUUUCUGAUGUCUGUGGCUAUACUGCUGUACUAUAGCAAUUUCACUCUGGCCUUGGAGGAGAGAUUUGGGGUGAAACCCUUGUUCUCUGGAUACUUAACAAGCUAUAGCAGUGCACUUGGAGUCCUGGCUGGUUGUCUGCUCGGACCAAUAACAAGGCUCUAUCAGCACAACACUUACAGAAUUCUGUUGCACUCCAGCACUUUCACCUGCACGCUGAUUCUCCUGUACGCGUCAGCACUGAACAUAUGGAUGGUCAUUUUGUCUUCCACAUUCUUAGCCUUUUCAACUACUAUAGGUCGUACUUGUAUCAUUGAUCUUGAAUUGACCAUUGGUGGGAAUGAGGCCAGUGGCACACUUCUAGGUGUUGGACAGUCCGUGACAUCAGUGGGACGUAUAGUUGCACCACUCCUUUCUGGAAUUGCGCAGGAGUUCAGUCCUUGUGGCCCUCCAAGUCUAGCUGUUGGACUAGCUUUAGUAGCUAUUCUGAUAAUGAAUGCAAACAAACAAAAAUAUUGUAGUCAUGGAAACGUGAAGUUAAAAAAUCAGUAGGCACAAUUUUGGAUUGCACAGAUGUAUCUUGACAUGCCAGGCUUGUACAGUGGUUACAUGAUCUUUUAAGAGGGCACAUUGUGUUCAUGUGGAGGCAAGUAUUUCUGCUGCAGGGA